AGGUAGUGUAGAAGCCAUCAAUCAACUGAUUUGUCAAUAUACAACCAUGUAAUUUCCAGAAUAUUGAGUCCUUCGAGCCACAUUCUUCCAUCAAGAUAAGAGGUGGUCCUCCUCUAGCUCUUAUAUCAUGACACCACCCUGUGCAAACACAUCCUUCCACUAAGUGCCAUUCUGAAGGAUUUGCCAACAGGCUAUCACCUCCUGUCAUCCACUCUGUCAUUUGAAUCCAAGAUUUCCAUAGAAUCUUAGCAAUCCAUCUCCUCUGUAAAGAAAAAGAGCUACAUACUGUGGAGAAGAGCUUGCAAGCACCAAAAGUUUAUGCGAGGGAAAGGCUUCAAACUGAUUGCAAAGCACAGAAUUCUGGAUUUCAAAUAACAAAAGAAAGGUUUGGCAAAUUGGAGUCACUGGAAUUCUCUCCAUGGAUAGUUCCUCAGUGUCUGAUGAUAACUCGGAGCUGGAUUUCCAUCCCUCCUCAGAUCGGUUGACAAGAUCAAACACAGAUAUGGGAUGCUCCACCCCUGGAUGCAAUUCGAUCGACUACAGCCGCACAAUCUCCACAGUCUCAACCUACUCUGAGGUCAACGAUGAGAACAGCAGCCCAUAUGAUCCCCCUCCGGUUGGAUGGCCAAUCUCUAAGCUUGUCGGACGGGCAUCACCUGAUUUAAGCAAACAUGGAAGAAAGAAGACUGAUGAUAUGCUCGAUUGGAAACCAGGAUCUCAAGAUAUAUCACUUUCAGAGCUUGAGAUGAUGAAGGAGAAGUUCUCAAAGCUGUUGUUGGGUGAAGACAUGUCAGGAGGUGGCAAAGGAGUUUGUUCAGCUGUAGCACUUUCAAAUGCCAUUACCAACCUCUAUGCUACUGUAUUUGGCCACUUCUAUAAAUUAGAGCCUGUGUCACCUGAAAAGAAGAACAUGUGGAGGAGAGAGAUGGAUUGCCUUUUGUCGGUCUGUGAUUACAUAGUUGAAUUUUUUCCUUCUUCUCAAACCUUGCCAGAUGGGACUACUCUUGAUAUCAUGGCAACAAGACCAAGAUCAGAUAUCUACUUGAACCUUCCUGCACUUGAAAAGCUAGAUGCCAUGCUUCUUGACAUACUGAACAGCUUUAAGAAAACAGAAUUCUGGUAUGUUGAAGAAGGCAAACAAUCACCAAGUGCCUCCUCAAGGUCCUUCCGUCGGGUAGUUCAAAGAAAAGAUGAAAAAUGGUGGCUGCCUGUCCCAUGUGUUCCUGACUCUGGCCUGUCCGAGGAAGCACAGAGGGCAUUGCAGAAAAGGCGUGAUUGUGCAAAUCAAAUCCACAAAGCAGCCAUGGCCAUCAACAAUAGCAUACUAGCUGAAAUGGAAGUCCCAGAGUCAUACAUGGCAUCCCUUCCAAAGAGUGGCAGAUUAGGUGUAGGAGAUUCAAUCUACCGCUACAUGUCAACAAUAGAGCCCUUCUCUCCAGAUCAUCUUCUUGAUGGCCUCAAUAUAUCUUCAGAACAUGAUGCACUUGAGAUAGCAGACCGUGUGGAGGCUUCAAUGCAUGUAUGGUGGCGAAAGGCAAGCAUGCAUACUUCCAAGUCAUCAUGGGAUAUGGUCAAGGAUCUGGUGGCUGAUGAAAACAAAAAUCAGAUACUUGCAUCUAAAGCAGAGACUCUCCUGCUAUGUUUGAAACAAAGAUACCCUGGCCUGUCACAGACAACUCUAGAUACCAGCAAAAUCCAGUACAAUAAGGAUGUUGGACAAGCAAUUCUUGAGAGUUACUCAAGGGUACUGGAAGGUUUAGCAUUCAACAUUGUUGCAUGGAUCAAUGACGUUCUUUUUGUGGAUGCAUCUGUUAGAAAACGGUUAAGAGCAACUCAACAACGAAGUCAAAAAGAGAGUCUUCUUUAAUACUUUGGCUAUUCGUUGACUUCAUAGAUGUAGUACUGACCAUAGAAGUAAAGGAUUUCUUUGACCCUGAAACACCAUAACUUGUAAUGGUAUAAUCAUUUGUUGUCUGACCGACAACAUUCAAAGAACUAUUAUUUUCAUUUUGAAGAUUUGUAUCCUAUGACUAAAUUCAGUAUCCAAGUAGGAUUAAAAUGUAUCUCACUUUAUGUGUCUUGUACAGCA